GGCACAGAAACCAAAGAGAUAAGACUCUUCGGUCUUCUCCAGUGCAACUGGCGACUAUAGCAGCCAUGCUCGUUCUUACUUGCACAAUAAAAUAUUCAUAAUAUACGUACCUUUAAUAUGUAUACGAAGAAUAAGAAUAAGAAUAAAGAAUUUAGAGAAUUAGAGGUCGGUAAGAGAAACUGGUGGUGAAUAUUGAUCCAAUUCCCUUCUCCUCUUACUGCUGGUGCCAUAUAUACAUACAAAAAUGGGUGAGCUGGCAACUGCAGAACUGUGUGAUACAAAUGGAGCAUUAUUGGCAAGUGGGGAUUUGCGGGUUCUGCAACCGGUGUUCAAAAGGUAUGGAAACCGCGGAUCAUUCUCAGGACCUGUUGUGACUCUGAAGGUGUUUGAGGACAAUGUUUUGGUGAGAGAGAUGCUGGAAAGCAGAGGAGAAGGAAGAGUACUGGUAAUAGAUGGUGGGGGAAGCAUGAGAUGUGCUUUGGUGGGAGGGAAUUUGGGGCAGUUGGCUCAGAAUAUGGGGUGGUCUGGUGUUGUGGUAAAUGGUUGCAUUAGAGAUGUGGAUGAGAUUAAUGGAUGUGAUAUUGGUGUGAGAGCUUUGGCAUCUCAUCCUGUGAAAUCAAACAAGAGAGGCGCUGGGGAAAAACAUGUUUCUGUUCAUGUUGGAGGAACUUUGAUUCGAGAUGGGGAUUGGUUAUAUGCAGAUAGUGAUGGCAUACUUGUAUCCUCAUCAGAGCUCUCUGUCUGAACCAUUUCGAUUUCCAUUUCUUUUUUCCAUAUCAAAUUAUACCACUACUAAUAAGAGGGACUCAAACUCACUCCCAUUUGAAUUUAUGCUCUUCUUCUUUCACAUUCUGUCAUUAGAUUCAAACUCCGGGGAAAUCACUUUGACUUGUCUCUGUCUCUUUGUUUUCUCUCUUUUAUACAAAGUAAAGAAGACGAAAAGGAAGAUUUACUCAUUCAUUUGUAACUGACUGAUAAGCGUAUGAAUGGGCGGAUGAUGCAGUCUAGUCACCAUUAAUUAUUCUUUAA